GAGUCUUCUUUAAAUACCUAGAGGACUCGUAUACCUAUGGCGAUAAUGAACGUUGCUGAAGUUAACCUCUAGUUUUUCUCCUUUAAUUUAUUUUUUUAAUUCGAAUUUUCACCGGCCCGGAAAAUGCAGCAGAAAUUACGGUAUAAAUCGUUGCUCGGCCAGCAUGACAUUCGUGUCAUUCGAUUACUUACACCAGCAGAUGAUCCCGUUCACGCAGAAGGACCAGUGCACUGUGAGAUUGUACAUGUUGCGCUUGGAGAAGACAAUCUCGUCACCAAUGCCGGGAGUGCGACGAAGGGAUCCAAUGGCAUUUGGCCAGUAAGCGUGGACAUCACUGUCAAUAACAGCGACUCCAAGACAUCGCAGCAGACAGGAUUUAACCCGCUCUUUGAAAAGAGCUUGGUGGAACGCAUGACCCCGUUCGCAAAUCUACCUGUCGUGCCUUACUUUGAAGGUCCCAAAUGGCUCAGGGAAAGCGCACCAAAGGUCGGUGAUCGUACGGUACCAGCGUGGGACCCCAAUCAGGACGAAGAGGCUAGCUUGCCCUGGCGAUACACCUGGGGCGAUUUCGUCGCCUUAUCUUAUGUUUGGGGUGACCCAUCCAUCAGGCGCGACAUUAUUGUCGACGGUGUACCCAUAUCAGUGACAGCUAGUCUCGAAGGAGCGCUGCGGGAAUUACGACAUCACAGCCGCAUACAACAAGGCUUCUUCGUCUGGGUCGAUGCUCUAUGCAUAAACCAAGAAGACAUGGAUGAGCGAUCUGCCCAGGUCGCAAAAAUGAAGGACAUAUACCAGGCCGCGUGGCACGUCGUGAUAUGGCUGGGUCCUGACGAGAAUCGUAGCGACUUAGCUACCUUGGCGCUCCGGUAUAUAAGUCUCCAUGCGGAGGAGGAAGAUGUCCUGGAUAAACUGUACAAGCAUGUCGAAUUUUAUAUCGUUCGCAUACCGUUUAUGCAGUGGAAGCAUUCGCAUACGAGCUUACGCAUACGGAAAGCCGUGCUAAAUGCUAUAUACUAUCUCCUUGCCAGGCCGUACUGGCGCAGGCUCUGGAUCAUCCAAGAAGUUGUCUUGGGGUCCAGAAAUUCACCUGUCCUUUGCGGCGACAACUCUAUUCUGUUAAAAGACAUCUUCAGAGCUUUAAGCGUCAUGAAGGCAGAUGGCGAUACAUUAGGCGAGUAUGUAGUCUUCGCCGCAAAAGGGUCGAGCAAAGCCCAUCAGAAGUGGAAUUUCGUAGCAGAAGAUACAUACGGGAUAUCGGAGAAGCUAUGGGAGCGGCCGGUCGCGAUAACGGCACUGAAGUACAUCGAUAUCGACAUAUCGGCAGCGCACAAUGGCGUGUACGAUUGCCUACUCCUCAGCCGCGAAGCCAACGCUACCGACGAGCGAGACCGCGUCUACGGCAUCCUCGGUCUGCCCCAGAUCGCAAAUACCAUCAAGCUCAUUCCGGACUACAACCGCACGGCGUCCGAGACUUUUACCCUAUUCUCGGCCCUCCUCCUCGCGAGCGGCAACGUAAACGGUCUCCGACUCGUGAACAGCCCGGUCCCCGCGAUAGGCACCCGCUACUACAAGAGCACGCACUUCUCGCGGCCGCGCUCGCCGAAAUUCGUCCGCGGCCACCGCGUCGUGCACCGCGGCUGCGAGCACGGCUUGCCCUCCUGGGUCAUCUGCUGGUCGUGCCCAAGGAACCCGGCGCAGCCGUUCCUCGGCCGUACCCGCCCCACAUCUCUUUCCGGUCUCAUCACACCCUUGGAAAAGCCUCGCAUAACGCACGAUAACGUUCUGAUCGUUAAGGGGGUUGUGUUCGACACCCUGGCGUCCCUGAGCGCCUGCCACGCGACUGAGUCUGAUACGUCGUAUCCCCGCAGCGCGGCGGCGCCGCCGAAGAGCGCGUACGGCGAUCGCGUGGUGACAAAAGAGGCGCUGGCGCGGGCGUUGACGGGGGAUUUGGAAAGGAAGAAGAAGAAGAAGAUGGACGAUAGUGAGCACAAUGAUGACCAUGACCAUGACGACGAUAACCCCACCUUAGCCUCGGCGGUGAUGCACCAGACGAUAUGGAGCACGGGCAUCAACGGCGUGGACAACAACAUCUUCGGGCUGAAGGACUUCUACCAGCGGAACCGCGGGGUGCGGCUGUUCGACGAGUGGACGCUGGAGGGGCUGGUUCGAGACCUGGGCCGGGCGGCGGACAUAGGCAGACGGGUCAAGGAGUCGGCGCAGGCGAGGCCCCGGAUCCUACGGGUGACGGCGACACAUCGCGAGGCGCUGACGCAGGCGAUGCGCGCGCUCGCGUGGAGGAGGCUCGUGGUUACGGAGAGGGGAUACUUCGGGCUGGUUCCGGCCGCCGCUAGGGAGGGGGAUGUGCUCGCUGUGGUGGCGGGGUGCGAUGCGCCGCUGCUUUUGAGGGAGGUUGGAAGGGAGGGUGAGGAGAAGGAGAAGAAAGGGCUUGGAGAUAGGAGGUUUCAGGUGAUUGGGGAGGCGUAUGUGCAUUGGGUGACGGGGAGGGAGAUACAGGAGAUGGUUGAGGAGGGGACGGAUGAGGUGGGUGAUAUUUGGAUUUGUUGAUUGAUUGAUUAAGAGGAUGAUGUUUGAGGUCUGGAUGGUUUAUUACUAUUGAUUAUAGUUGAGAUACCAUUAUGAGGUAGGUAGGUACCUUGUCUUGUAUAUCUAAUGCUCCGAGGAGUAUGGCAUGAGAUCUACCUACCUCCUCAUGAAUAUGGAGAGUUUGGUGUUUGGGGGGUUCUGGAUAUCCCGAACGUCUACGAUACCUGAUAUGAUAGUUGGUAUUGGGAGAGACCUAAACGAAAAAGGGGUAGGUGAACUUAAAAUUACACAGUGGAAUGUAUGC